AUGGGAUCUCAAACACCAUCCCAGCUUCCUGUUGUUGACUUCACCGACGAAAACCUGAAACCUGGUUCAGAGGCUUGGCUUUCAGCUUGUGAUGUUGUACGAACUGCACUUGAGGAUCAUGGUUGUUUCAUUGCACGCUACGACAAAGUUGACAAAGAUCUAUGCAGCUCUGUUGUCUCUGCAAUGGAAGAACUUUUUAAUCUACCAUUGGAAACAAAAAAGCAAGAGACUAGUAACAAGCUUUUCCAUGGUUACUACGGACAAAUACCAUUUCUUCCCUUAUAUGAGUCAUUUGGCAUUGACGACCCCGUGACAGUUGAUGGAUGUCAAAAGUUCACACAAAUAAUGUGGCCAAAAGGAAAUGAUCGUUUCUGUGAAAGUGUCAACGAGUAUUCUAAGCUGUUAGCAGAAUUAGAUCAUGUGGCGAAGAGAAUGGUGUUUGAGAGCUAUGGUGUGGACAUGAAACGAUGCGAAUCAUUCAUAGAAUCAGGCAAUUAUCUUCUUCGAUGCCUCCAGUAUAGACCACCCCAGAUGGAUGAGACUGAUUUGGGAAUGCAACCUCACGCUGACUUGACCAUGCAAUCCAUAUUGCAUCAGGUGAAUAAUGUAGAAGGCUUGGAAGUUAAACUGAAGGAUGGAGAGUGGAUCGUGGUUGAUCCCUCACCCACUGUAUUUGUGGUCAUGGCUGGAGAUGGAUUCAAGGUUUGGAGUAAUGGUAGGAUACGUCCAUGUGAACACAGAGUUAUAAUGAAUGCAAAGGAAACCAGGUACUCUAUGGGACUAUUUUGUUUUAAUGGCGAUAUGGUGCUGACACCAGAAGAGCUUGUUGAUGAGCAACAUCCCUUGCGUUAUAAACCAUUCGACCACUUUGAAUACCUUCGUUUCUUUGACAAGGAGAAAAUCAAAGAAUCUGAUUCACGAGUUAAAGCGUAUUGUGGAAUAAACUUCAAA